AUGUCAGGCUUGACUGAGACUAUACGCACUCCAACACCAGACACACCAGGCACACCUGAGGCUCCUGAGGCUCCUGAGCUAGUGGACACACCCAAAGGAGAGGAGGUGGUGGAAACAGCUGUCCCUGGCCAAGAGCUGGACAAUGACAUUGCCUUGGAGCCUCCCACCCCCGCUGCGUUGGAGCAGGUGGUGGAACUCAGUAUCCUCCUGACUGGAGAGGUGUACAGUGACAAUCUCAAAGAUCCAGCCAGCCUCCAGUACCAGACACUCAGCAGACAGCUUGCUGAAAGGAUAGAGGAUGCUCUGGAGGGGCUUCCAGGGUUUAAGAGCGUGUCUGUGCUGGACUUCAGACCCCAGAAAGACACCCACGGGCUGGAUGGCGUGGUGGUGGACUACGCUGUCACAGUGGUGGUGGACGGAGCAGGAGUGAGCACUGAACAACUGGACUACCUAACCUUGCAGUCAAACCUGGUGGAGAACUCAUACCGUGAGGUCAUGGAGCACCCUACGGUGGUCCACACCAUCAGUGAAGUCAAAAACUUUGUCACUGAAGCCCUGCAUAACGACGAGCUGGAGAGUGUGUCUGAGGUCCCUGAGUCUGUUGAUGCUGCAGAUGGAGAAACGAUUGCAGAUGAGCUACCAGAAGUCACAAUCCUAGAAGAGGAUGCUGAAGGUGUCAAUAAAGAUGACAUCCCGAAUGAAGUCUUUGAAACCAGAAGUCCAGAAGAAAAACCAGAGGAAAAUGACGUCAUUGUUCUGGAGGAGAGUGUAGUUGUGUCUCCAGCUCCAGUCCCAACCACUGGUGCUCCUGAAGCUGGAAGCUUUGAGGAGGAGGGUCUGUUGCUAGAAGACACUGAGCAGACUCUUGUAGAAACCUCCCUACCAGAGGAGCUCCCAGCUGAGCUUCCCUCACCUGAGCUUCCAGAGGGUGUCACACUGCCUGAACCACCAGUGGAGGUCGAGGCCUCUGGUUCAAGCACAGAUGAUAUGGAGGACCUGCUCAGUCCGACUACACCCACUGAAGCAGAUGAAGUUUCUCAUGAGGGGACUGGAUCAGAAGACAGGAUCAUAACAGAGGAUGUCACCAUAAAUGCAGAUGCCAUCUCUGAAGCUGAAACAGAGGCUGUUGAGGUUACUGCAGUGGGAGAAGAACCUACUAGUGUUACCCUGGAAGAGGAGCAUCUGGAUGAGGCUGCUGUGAUUGCAGAGGAGCUUGAGAUCUCCACAAUUGCAACUGAAGUCAUAGAAGAGGAGGGCCUGUCUGCCAUAGUCUCACCUCCUGAGGCUGUGGAUGUAGCUAGUGAAGCACCAAAGCCGGCAACAGAAACAGGUCUGCUUCCUGUUGGUGAAGAUUUGGAGGAAGGCACAGAAGAAGAGUCCAACCUCACAGGUACAGAUGAGGAAGUUAAUGUUGAGCAGCCUGCAGAAGGCACAGACGUUAAUGUAGUGUUGACCUACCCCGAGGAAUCUGUACUUGAAGAAGGUAGUGUGGAAACUCCGGCUGCAGAGAAAGACCCAGAAACUCCUGAGAUCUCAACUGAGGAUCUUACAGAAGAUAAGAUUUUUUUGGUCAACAAAGAUGCACCAGAGCCACCAGUGACAGAUUUCCUGAGCCCUGUCCAACCAACUGUUCUAUUUCCAGAGAGGGAGUCACCUUUUACCCUUAUCUCUGAUGUUAACCCUACCACUGAGGGGCAACCUCACAUCAUCAACCCUACACUGUUGGAGAUCCAGAACACAAAUGAGGGCUUGGAUGAUGCCACCAUUGGAGACCAGGGCUUUGAUGUGAUCAAUUAUGGUUUUGGUCUCAUUAACCACUCAGAGGAGGGCAGCACUGGCUUUCCAUUUAGUGUGGCACAUGGGACAGAUCAAGCAAGUAUUGCCAUGCCUGUGAACCCUGGACGAGCUCUGAUGGUGUUCUUCAGCCUGAGAGUGACCAACAUGAUCUUCUCAGAUGACCUCUUUAACAAGAGCUCCCCAGAGUACAAGGCUUUGGAGCAACGCUUCCUAGAGCUGCUUGUGCCCUACCUCCAGUCCAACCUUAGUAACUUUGAGAACCUGGAGAUCCUGAACUUCAGGAAUGGCAGCAUUGUGGUCAAUAGCCGGAUGAAAUUUGGCAAGCCUGUACAACAAGGUGUAACCACCACAGUCUAUCUGAUCCUCGAGGACUUCUGCAACACAGCUUACCAGACCAUGAACCUGGCCAUUGAUAAGUACUCACUGGACGUUGAGUCAGGAGACCAGGCUGACCCCUGUAAGUUCCAAGCAUGUAACGAGUAUGCAGAGUGUAAGGUAAACAAGUGGUCUGGGGAAGCGGAGUGUGUCUGCAAUGCUGGCUACUUCAGCGUGGACGGCCUGCCCUGUCAGAGUAUCUGUGAGCUACAGACUGACUUUUGCCUCAAUGAUGGCAAGUGUGACAUCAUUCCCGGCCAGGGAGCCAUCUGCAGGUGUCGUGUUGGGGAGAACUGGUGGUACAGAGGAGAGCACUGUGAGGAGUACGUAUCUGAGCCUCUGGUGGUUGGCAUAGCAAUUGCCUCUGUAGCUGGAUUCCUAUUGGUAGCCUCUGGAAUCAUCUUCUUCCUCGCCAGGACGUUACGUGAUCAGUAUGACAAGGAUGAGUCAGAGGACCCCAUACGGCGGGCGGAGAGCCUCCCGUCUCUGGAGAGGGCGACUAAGUACAACCCCAUGUAUGAGAGUGAGGCCACCACAGGCUACAGCCACUACUACCGCCGCUAUCCUGAAGCUCCUGUGUACAGCAGUGCCAGUGCUGAGGCCUCCACUGACUUCAGCAGUGAGGAGAUGCGACACAUCUAUGAGAACAGUGAACUGACGAAGGAGGAAAUCCAAGACAGGAUACGCAUUAUUGAGCUCUAUGCUAAGGACCGGCAGUUUGCAGAUUUUGUACGGCAGCAUCAAGCUGUCCUGGAUACCCGCAGAGAGAGCUCCACUACGUAGACAUGAAACUCUCCUGUGAACAACAAGAAAGACGCUUCUAUGGUAGAAAAGCAAAGCUCCCAGUCAAGACUCUCCACUUGCUCACCGUGGCACAGAAUUUGGGUUGUUUCCCGACCAGCGACUGCUCUGUGUCUGCCUGCUUGUGUGGGCAGACGAUGCUGACUGUUUUUCCUUCUUCCUUGGUGCCUUCUCUUGACUGAGUGAGCUAGCUGCGACAUCAAGGGAUGUGUUUGCUGCUCAUCUACUGGACGUUUCCCUUUUGGAAAAACUGGACCACAUCCUUUUACUUGAAAUGUUGUCAGACACAUCACAAUACUGUCUACAGUACUACUUCUGAUUAGUGGAAUAAUCAGUUUUGUUUCGUAAUGGCAUAUCUACAUAUUCUUAAACGGAAGAACAUGAAACUAUGAAUUUGUAUUUAGUGUGACUGUUGUUUGCUAGUUAAAAUAUUAUUCUAAAAAGCUUUCUAUAUUUUUUGAAGCUCAAAUAUACUCUUUAGGUCUUCUUACUGAGACACAGUCAGAGCUGAUCUUUUUUUAGUCGAUGGUGCUAUCUUACUUUAAAAUACUCUGUGAUGACUAACUUUUACAAUUUAAAAGAAACACCAAUGGGUCAACUCUGUAUAUACAACUGUACGUUGAAGGAAUAUUUUGACAUUUUGGAAAAUAUAUAUAUUCCCCUUCUGACACAACGUUAGAUGUGUACAUCAACUGAACUCUCAUAUCUGUCUGUUAAAUAUGAAGCUAAAGCCAGCAGCUUUUAGCUUAGCUAUAAGGGGACUGGAAACACGAGGGGAUGGCUGGACUGACGCUGUUCAAAGGUAACAAAAUCUGCCCAUGUAAGAGUGUAAAAUAUAAACAAAUGAGUUAAUGUAUUAAUGAAACUUUAGAGGUGCUGAUAGGUGGAUUUUGUCACCUAUGGAUGGAGCUGGGCUGGCUCUUUCUCAGUGGUUCCAUUCUCAAAGCUGAACUAAGCUAAAUGGCUGCUUGUUGUAGCCUUACAUAUAAUGGACAAAUAUGAAAGUGGUAUUGAUCUUCCCAUCUCAAUCUCUGCCAGAAAGCAGAUAAGUGUUUUUCCUAAAAUGUCAAACUAUUCCCUUAAGGUGGCCAAAUUUAGUCUUGUGACUUGUACUGUUCAGUGUAAAAGGAGCUUUUCACUGAAUGUUGAGUGGAGUCUUAUUCGACCUAUUUUUCUUCUGGCAGGUGAUUUUUCUGCCUUUUUUAACAACUCAACUGUCAAUCAACAGAUUUGGUGUUAUGUUUGCAAAUGUAUGGCUGGUAGACAUGACAAAGUGAAAACAGUGGUGAUAGGAGAAAGACAGAGAGCAUGAACCCUCUACAACUGUGGGAUCCAGAAAUAAAUGAAAACACAUUUCAGUGGAAAAAGGCUGCAGAGCAAGCAGCCCGGGGAUUCGAUCAAAUGGUCUGAUUUCAGAUUUGAUAGGUAAUGCAACUGAGAGAAUAGGAACAGCAGGCUGACAAACGACAUGCGUUCUUUGUGAAGACGACCUCAAGCUGUGUCUCCUGGUGAAAAAACCCCCCCAAAAACCAGAAAUUCUUCAGAAAUGAUCUGCCCUGUGAACCCACCCGACAGACUAAUUCCAGUGUUUUCUUAGGUAUUGUCAUAUGAUUUUCCUUCCUGGACUUGUUGGCCUGAUCUGUGUUGUCCCUUGAGUGGACCUUCACAGCUGUGGCUCAUUAUGAUCUGUAGGUUUUCGUUAGCUGUCGGCUAGAGUAACCAUCAGUUACGAGGUCUGAAUCAGACUGGAUCAUGUUCUAGGUUCUUGUUUACAUUACAUGCUUCUCAUCCAGAGGUCCACACAAGCAAAAAACACUGGUGAAGCAGACUCUUUUGACAGUGUCAUGCCUUUUGCAAUCAGCAUAUUGAAUUUUUUUGUAUGCGUACUUUUUGUGUGAAUCUGCCACCUGGACAAACAGCCAAUCAUCCCACACAAUGUUCUGUCAUGUCAAUAACACCGAAGAUACUAUUAACAAUUGUAGGCUGUAAAUCACGUGUGUCUCAAGUGUUUCAAUAUAUGAACAUCUUCUUUUUAUACUGAUAACCGUUUCACCAUUUUAACAGUGUUAUCAUCCUGUGCAGCUGUGUAAAUUACUGAUAACAAAUUGUAUCAUAUAUAAAAAUAAAAUGUUUUAUAUAAAAUGCAGACUCAGGUCCAAUGCUGGAAUGUGGUAUAUUUACUUACUGUGCUUACUUAUGCACAAUUUUGAGGUACUUCCA